AUGAGUGUUCAGAUUUUUGGGGACCAGGUAACGGAAGAGAGAGCUGAAAAUGCUCGUAUGGCUGCGUUUGUGGGCGCUAUUGCCGUAGGAGAUCUAGUCAAAAGCACUCUUGGGCCCAAGGGAAUGGAUAAACUGUUGCAAAGUGCAUCCAGUGAUUCAUCUAUGGUUACUAAUGAUGGCGCCACGAUUCUUAAGUCAAUUCCAUUGGACAAUCCAGCAGCCAAGGUUUUGGUCAAUAUUAGUAAAGUUCAGGACGAUGAGGUUGGAGAUGGUACGACCAGUGUCACCGUUCUGAGUGCCGAGCUACUUAGAGAGGCUGAGAAAUUGAUUGAUCAAUAUAAGAUUCACCCGCAGACGAUUAUAGAAGGGUUCAGGAUUGCUUCACAGGCAGCUCUGACAGGAUUGGAGAGAGCGGCCGUGGAUAACUCCGAAGAUAUCGUGAAAUUCCACGACGAUUUAGUUCACAUUGCCAAAACCACUCUGUCUUCUAAGAUUUUAUCCCAAGACAAAGACUACUUCGCCAAGUUGGCAACUGAUGCGAUUUUGAGAUUGAAAGGAUCGACGGAAUUGGAACAUAUUCAAAUAAUUAAGAUCCUUGGUGGCAAAUUAUCUGAGUCUUUCCUUGACGAAGGAUUUAUUCUUGCCAAAAAAUUCGGUAAUAACCAACCGACAAGAGUGGAGAAUGCAAAGAUUUUGAUCGCAAACACUUCUCUAGACACAGACAAGGUUAAAGUGUUUGGAACAAAGUUCAAGGUUGAUUCUACUUCCAAGCUGGCUCAGCUGGAGAAGGCGGAACGGGAAAAGAUGAAGAACAAAAUAGCCAAAAUUUCAAAGUUUAACAUCAACACUUUCAUCAACAGACAGUUGAUAUACGACUAUCCAGAACAACUUUUCACUGAUCUGGGUAUUAACUCGAUUGAGCAUGCUGAUUUUGAAGGUGUGGAGAGACUGGCGCUAGUGACAGGUGGUGAGGUCGUUUCCACAUUCGAUGAGCCAGAUAAAUGCAAACUAGGAGAAUGUGAUCUCAUCGAAGAAAUCAUGAUCGGAGAGGAAUCUUUCUUGAAAUUUAGCGGCUGCAAAGCGGGUGAGGCAUGUACAAUCGUCUUGAGGGGAGCCACAGAUCAAGUGUUGGACGAGGCCGAACGCUCGUUGCAUGAUGCUCUUUCUGUGUUAUCUCAAACGACCAAGGAGACCAGAACCGUUCUUGGCGGAGGAUGUGCAGAAAUGAUUAUGUCGAAAGCAGUCGACACUGCCGCACAAAACGUUGAUGGCAAGAAAGCCUUGGCUGUGGAGGCGUUUGCACGUGCCUUGAGACAGUUGCCAGCCAUAUUAGCUGACAACGCAGGUUUCGACAGCAGCGAGCUGGUAGCGAAGCUGAGGUCAUCAAUUUAUAAUGGGAUGUCUACGUCAGGCCUCGACUUGACCAACGGCGUAAUUGCAGACAUGAGAGAUUUGGGUACUGUGGAGAGCUACAAGCUGAAAAAGGCGGUCGUGAGCUCCGCGUCCGAGGCAGCCGAGGUUCUACUAAGAGUGGAUAAUAUUAUCAGGGCUAAACCAAGGACAGCCAAUAGGCAGCAUAUGUAA